UUGACGCAAAGACACACAAAUUUAGCAAUGAUGCUGAACUGUUUCUACAGUGUUUGCAGUUUAUUUAGAGUUGACUGGUUUUUCCUUUCAGGACCUGAGCUGGGAUGCCUGAGUCUCCUCUCAGUCCCACGGCAGCCCGUCAAACCCCAGCCAGCAGCCUCCUCAGUCACACAGACACCGGCGCCGGAGAGAGAGUAGCUAAUGGGGACUCCUGCAGUGGAGUGAGUGGAGAAAACUGGCAGAGUCUACACCAUAAACAGGUCUUUCUGGCUAUGAUGGCUCCUCAGCAGAUGCAGCAGCUCCUGACCCCCAACCAGCUGCAGGCUCUGAUCCACCAGAAGCAACAAGCCCUUCUGCUACAGCAGCAACAUCUGAAAGAGUUUUACAAGAAGCAACAACAACAGAUUCACCUGCAGCUGCUUCAACAAAAGCCCAGCAAGAAAGUCAAAGAGCUCCCUGCACAGCAGCUUGUGUUCCAGCAGCUCCUCCAGCUCCAGCAGCAGCUCCUCCGGGUUCAGAGACCGGUCCUGUCCUCUCCAGGUCACUAUGUCUCCUCUCCCUCAGUAGCAGUAGUGUCUGUUGAUAGCAAUGCUGGUUUCAGCCCUGCAGAGAUGCAGCAGAUGUGGAAAGAGCUCACAAACGGAAUAACGAAUGAAGAUAAAACCACAUCGAAGGGCAGCCAGGACUCUUCUGCUAACAACAUCAUGUCAACUAAAGUCACAGGGAGGCAGACCGGUGACCGGCAGUCUUCUUCUCCUCGCAGGGCAGAAUGUGCUGUGAAAGCUGAUCGCGCUGCCACGCAUGCUCUCUACGGUCACGGUGUGUGCAACUGGCCCGGAUGUGAGUCGGUGUGUGAAAACUUCAGCCAGUUCAUCAGGCACUUAGGCAGCGAGCACACUCUGGACGACAGAAGCACGGCGCAGUGCCGAGUCCAGAUGCAGGUGGUUCAGCAGCUGGAGCUUCAGCUCUGCAAAGAACGGGAGCGUCUGCGAGCGAUGAUGGCUCACCUGCAUCUGCCGUCUUUAGAGUCUCAGUCCAUCUCUGCACCUGCGAGUCUGCAGUCGCCACGAUCUGAUACGACCGCUGACCCACACGGUCUUCAGCUCAGCUCAGUCGCUGCCACCGACAACCUGCCCUCGCUGAGCCCGUCAGACUCGCCCCGAGUGUCCCCACGACCUCCGGCCCCUCUUGGCACCACAUCCCAGGGGAGUGAAGAAGAGUCACCCACUCAUACAUCAUCAUGUGCCGGGGCCAUAAGACAUCGCCAUCACCCUUUGGUCUUCUCGCUGUCCUCAGAAAAUGAAUAUGAGCUCUACAAGAAUACCGACAUCAGACCACCUUUCACCUACGCAACACUGAUAAGACAGGCUAUUAUGGAAACAUCAGACAUGCAACUAACACUCAACGAGAUAUACAACUGGUUUACACGGACGUUUGCUUAUUUCAGACGCAACGCUGCCACUUGGAAGAACGCAGUACGCCACAACCUGAGCCUGCACAAGUGUUUUGUGCGUGUGGAGAAUGUGAAAGGAGCCGUGUGGACGGUGGACGAGGUGGAGUACCAGAGGAGGAGAUCCCAGAAGAUCACAGGGAGUCCGUCGCUGAUGAAAAAUGUGUCCUCCAACCUUGAUUUCGGGAGUGUUCUGAAUGCCAGCUUGCAGACGGCAUUGGCUGAGGCGACGUCGCUGCCAGGAUUCAAGAAGGAGUGUUCCAGCAGGAGUCGGACACAAGAGAACAAAGCAACAAGUAAACAAAACUUCUCUCCACGAGUCCAGCAAUCUCUUUUCCUUAAAGACGAAGUGCUGAAUCUGAGCGACCACGAAUCUCUGAUGCCAACGGUGAAGCCAGCCGGUCUGCAGCACGACGUGACUGAAGAUGACGAAGAGCAUUUGUUUGACCUUGAAUGACGAGAGAAUAGAAAAGAAUCAGUUACAGAGCAGUAAAGGAAGUCUUCAUUUAACAUUCAGGGAGGUGGACCACAGUUUAUACCAUCUGAACUUCAUGUUCAUCUUCAGUGUGUAGUGCAAGGCGGCCUGAAAAUCCUCACCAAAAUAUUAAUAUUUGAUGAAAUACACAUCCAAAUUAAGAUAUUUUGAACGGUGGUUCAUUAUAUGGUUCCUAUACUUAUGAAAACUGAUUUUGUUCACAUGUCUGCAGCAGUCAAAUUUUGCUUUUGACAUUUCAACCUUAAAGAAAAGAAAGUGGAAUACAGUGCCACCUGUAGUUUUUGGGUUGGCCUAUUACCUGAUUAUUUCCUGCUUUUCUGGUCAGCUAGAGAUUUUAUUUUAUUUUUUAAAGAGGACCUAUUAUGCUUUUGCCCUUUUCCUUUAGUGUGUUAUAUAGUUUUUUGUGAAUGUAAAAGGUCUGCAAAGUUACAAAAACCAAAGUCCUGCUCCUAAAACUGUCUGAAACGCCUUGCUUGAAGUCCCGCCUUUUCUUCCGUAACGUGGUGAUGUCACCAAGUAACACAUUUUACCUAUAGCAGCUAUAGUUUUGGCACGCCCUCAAACAAAGCUAGUUAGAGUGGAG